GUUGGUGCCACCGCCGCCCAGCCGGGCAUGUGCCGGUGUCUCCUGCCGCAGCCGCGAAGAAGAAGAGGAGGAAGAGGAGGAGGAGGAGGAGGAUGGCUCAGGCCGGAGGGGAGGUGGCCCGGGAGCUGCAAGACAGCAUCCGGAAGAUCCUGAACCGACCUCCAAUCCACCUCCUGGUGAGAGUGAAACUAGAAACCAAACCGAAGAAAAAUGAAGACCGGGUGCUGGUUCUCACCACUUGGAGGAUCUAUCUCUUUGCGCUUAAGGUGCCAGCCAAGGUUGAAUGCUCUUUCAACGUCCUGGAGAUCCGAGCAUUAAAUGCACUAAAUCACAACCAGAUCCUGGUAGAAACAGAGAAAGCAAACUACAGCUUCAAAUUCCCCAACCCAGAAAGUGCCGACCAGGUCACGAGACACGUCAACACUGCCUUAGCCAAAAUCUUUCCAAGCCCGGCUUCUGUCUGUCUGAUCCGCCAUGGGACUGUGGAGACCCCUGAGACCCCGCGGGAUAUGUCCCCCAACUCCGAAAGCUCCAACUCCACCACCCACAGCAUUUGCGGUGGGUUUUCUGAAACGUAUGCAGCCCUUUGCGACUACAAUGGGCACUCGUGCCGUGAAGAGGUACAGUGGGAUGUUGACACAAUUUACCAUUCAGAAGACAACCGGGAAUUUAACCUGCUGGAUUUCUGUCACUUGGAAAGCCGGGACCUAGCACUGAUUGUGGCUGCUUUGGCCUAUAACCAAUGGUUCACCAAACUUUACUGCAAGGACUUGCGGCUGGGGUCUGAAGUAGCGGAGCAGGUUCUGCACACGGUGAGCAAGUCUCAUCACCUGGAGGAGCUGAUGCUGGACAAUGCAGGGUUAAAAACAGAGUUUGCCCUGAAACUGGCCUGUGUUUUGUCUGAGAACCUGAACACGGCUCUCCAUGCCCUCACGCUCUCCCACAAUCCACUGGAGGACAAAGGUCUCAUUGCCUUGAGCCAGCAGCUUUUGUGUUUUCCUAAAGGCCUCAGCAAACUCUGCCUUUCCAAGACCAGCAUCACUCCUAAAGGACUUGCUGUUCUGUGCCAGACAUUCGGUGCCAACCCAGCGUUCACCAGCUCCCUCCGCCAUCUUGACUUAAGCAAGAAUCCAGGUCUGCUGGGAACGGAUGAAGCAAAUGGUUUCUAUUCAUUCCUGGCCCAGCCAAAUGCACUGGUUCACCUGGACUUAUCUUCCACCGACUGUGCAGUGGAUGCACUGUUCGGGGCACUGCUGCAUGGCUGUUGCCCACGGCUUAGCUACCUCAACCUCGCACGAAACACCUUCUCCCAUCGGAAAGGAAAGGGGCUACAACCUUCCCUCAAGCAGUUUUUCUGCAGCGCCUAUUCCCUCAGCUAUGUAAACCUGUCAGGCAUCAAAAUGCCCGUGGAAGCGUUAAGGUCUCUUUUCCAAGGUCUGUCAGCGAACACUCAUCUCAGUGAACUCCAUUUGGAUCUGAGUGGAUGUGAGUUGCGCUCUCCAGGGGCUCAGGUGCUUCAAGAACAGUUGCCUGGCAUCAGCGCCUUGAGCAGUCUAGAUCUCUCUGACAAUGGCUUUGAUGCGGAUCUGCUGACCCUCGUCCCAGCACUUGCCAAGAACAAGGCCCUGAAACAUCUCUGGUUGGGCAAGAACUUCAAUGUCAAAUCCCGAACGUUGGAGGAAAUCCUUCAGAAACUUGUGCAGCUAAUCCAGGAGGAAGACUGUUCCCUGCAGACUUUCUCAGUUGCUGAUUCCCGGCUGAAAACCCGCACCAGCAUCUUAAUCAAUGCACUGGGCAGCAACACUUGCUUGACCAAAGUAGACUUGAGUGGAAACUGUAUGGAAGACAUUGGGGCCAAGAUGCUGUCCAAAGCCUUGCAGAUCAACAGCACACUGAGGAGUAUCUCCUGGGACAGGAACAAUACCACCGCUCAAGGAUUCCAAGAUAUUGCUCGGGCCUUGGAGAACAACUACACCCUCAAGUUCAUGUCCUUCCCCAUGAGCGACAUCACCACAGCCUACCGCAGUGCUCCUGACAGGACAGAUGAGGUGUGGCAGAAGAUCCAGUGGUGUCUCCUUAGGAACAAUCACUCGCAGAAGUUCUCCCAGGAUCAAGCCUUCCGCCUCCACCAAGGAAUCGUCACCAAUAGCGCCGAGCAAAUGAUGAGCCGCCUCUGCGUGAGAGUUCAAGAAGAAGUGCGGGUGCUGAGAACCUGCUCAGCGGAUACUGUCCAGGAAGAGGUGCUGUAUGCCAGGGAACUCAUGAAGGAAGCCAAGAAUUCAAGGGCGCUGUUCCCCAGCCUGUAUGAACUUGGGCACAUACUGGCCAGCGAUGGACCAGUCCGACACAAGCUGGAGUCUGUGGCCAAUGAGGUGUCAAAAGCUGUAGACAAAGAACUUCAGAUGAUUCUGGAGUCAAUGGUCACUCUGACGCAGGAGCUGUGCCCCCACGCCGUCCAGGCAGCUGAGGAGCAUAACAAGAUGCUGGCCACUGUUUCAGAGCGUGUCACAGUACCCCGCAACUUCAUCCGGGGAGCUCUAUUGGAACAGGCUGGCCAGGACAUUCAGAACAAGCUCAAUGAAGUGAAACUGUCUGUGGUAACAUAUCUCACCAACACUAUUGUGGAAGAACUACUUCAGGAGCUGUAUCAUGCCCACAAGAAUCUGGCCCAGAAUAUUGUCCACCUCCGCCGUCUUUCUGAGGGACAGGACAAUGCUGCCUUCCCAGAGCAUCUAGGGAAACCCCGGCUCCAUGAUCGCGAGGAGACUACGGAUGAUGAGCUCUGCUCCAAUAUUGACACCAUGGCCAUCAAGCGGCAGAAGAACUGUCGGAGAAUCCGACCUGCUUCUGCUUUCAUCAGUGGCUCCGAACAGGAAGGUGACCUGAUGGUACCCCGCAUGGGCUCCCCGCUGGGCUGGAUAUCCUUGGCCAGCAGCAGCCAGUACUCACAUUCCCGCAGCACAUCCUUCGAGGGCCUCUCAGACUUGCCAACUGAGGGUGUCCGGCUAGAGCACUGCACCCGCGGGCGACCCCGGCCGCCUCGCACUGCUCCUCAUGGUGGCUUCCGUUCCCACAACCGAAUCCUGGGUUCUAUUGAGUCCAGAGAGCAGGAGAAUGGGUCGGUGCCACGAAUAGAUGAGGGCCUAGAUGAAUUUUUUAACAGGAAGGUGCUUACUGACAACACCAGCUACCCUCGAACCCCAAAGGGUUGUGGGGUGAGACCAGGACCCUCUGACUCCCUCCCACCCCUUCAGAAGAAGAGGAGAAGGGGACUCUUCCAUUUUCGAAAGUAUCGUAGCAUCAAGGGGGAACGGGAUCCUGAGGACCUGCCCCCAAGUCCUCCCCCGCCACCGAUGGGUGGGGAAGAACCGAAGCCCCCACUGCGCACGGCUGCCAGCCAAGAGGAGGAGAGAAAGUUGGGGCAGGACAUGACAGGGUUGGGCAUACUCCUUCCAGGAAUGGGAGCCAUACCUGCGGGAAGUGGAGUGAAAGGUCUGCCAAGCAGGACAAAACAGGGUUCCCAUCCUGACAUUGAGAGGAUGGAGCCAGACUCGAAAGGGGUGGAGCUCCUGCAGCCAUCGCGAGUCCAAGGUGUGCCCUUGCCUGGAAUGGGAUGUGCAAAGGGAUGGAGCCUGGAUGCCAAGUUGGAGAGUGUGGACCUGGAGCGAGGAGGGAGCAUGCGGGACCGGCAGAGACGUUCCUCGGAUGACUCAGGGCAAGGAGGGAGAAAACCCCAUCCUCCGCUGCAGAGUACAAAGCCAAGUUUUGCCACCAUUCGGCGAGCAGAAGCCAGCUGGGACAUAGCUGAAGAAAGUUCCCCACGGGAGACCAGGGACAGAGAACCUACCCAAGAUAACCCCCCAGAAGGAAAUGCUGCUGGUACAGAUGAGAAAGGUGUCAUUGUCUUCACACCGAACUCUGAGAAGGACCAACCAAAGGCACCUGCCAAGCAAUUCAGGGAGCCCCCAUCCAUCCCUCGUCCUCCCAAGCCAGUCGCCCUCCCACGGGGCCGAAAACCCCCCAGCCAGCCAGAGAGGAGCCGUAGCAACGAGGAGCCAGGAGUAGCGGGAGGGUCCGUCCUGGAAGAUACACGUACGUGUCCCCCAAUAGCCCAACCCCGGCGCAGACCCAAGGAGCAAGAGAAUGAAGGGGACCCUGAGGUGGGAAGGAAGGCAGCCCCUCUCAAACCAAAGAGGACGCGACGAGCGCAGUCAUGCGACAAGCUGGAUUCGGAUCGGUGCCGGAAUCUGGGCUCUGGAGGUGCCAGCGACACCCCCCUGCCUGACCCCCCUCCUCCCCCUCCUGACUACCACCCCCCCACCUGGAAAUCUCGCCCUGCUGUUUCCCAGCCUCUCCUUCCAGCAGAUUGGACAGUGGGAACUCCCGAAUUUGGGACAGAAUGAUGGACAGACGCUCCCUUGACAUUGUUGCUGCCACUGGAAGCUGCAAGGCCUUUUCAUCUCCUGGCAGGAAGAGCGAGGGAACAUGAAAGCUACAAGAGAGAAGAAGGGAGAGAAGCACAGGAGACACAUCCUCUGCCAGCUUCCCCCCCUUUUGACAGAGAGGGGCUGACCUCCUACCCUAUAGAAACCAUAUGCCUGGGACCACCUCGGUCUCCAGUCCAGUGCUGCUGACCCCUCGUUCUUUUCCUCCGUUUGUGCCUGUCUUCUUCCCUCGCUUUUGGGUCGGACCCACCCACCCCAAUAUCCUGGAGGGACCUGCUACUCCUCCCUCCUUUUUUAAAAGCCAGGGUGGUAGGGAAAAAGCCACAAUAAAUUCCAUAUUCCCAUUGCUGAAAAUAUUUGGGGGCAUUCAGAACUGAACGAAACACUCCCAGCCCCCGGAAGAGAGGCAAUACGGCCUUGUUUUGCUUGCCUUCCAUUUUCUUUCUCAUCUUCCAGUUCCUUCCCUGCCACCCUCUUCCUUGCUUCUGGUCCUGCAUUUCACACCCCACCUCUCCACCCCUCCCCAAAGAAAACACCCUCACUGUUCUCGCCAUUCUAUUUUCAGCUUGUAUAAAAGAAAAGAGAAUCAUAAUAAAUUAUAUAUGGAAAUUGA